AUGCUUGCAGCUUUUCGGAGGUGCCCUGCAUCUCUCCCUAGGAGUAUAUCGACCUCAUUCAUUGCGCCCCGAGUUAUACGGCCCGCACAGGCUACGUCGACAUCUGCGUGGCGGUCUACAAUCUCUGUGUCCAGAGUUUCGAUCGCGUCUUUACACCAGAGCAGCCAGUGGCGACAACAUGCCGCCGAGCGCUAUGCCGUAGAAGCUGAAGUGGAACAAGAGGUCAACGCGAAAAGCCCACCUUCAAAUGGAGCGAUUGAUAAUGCCGUCGCCGGAGGCCCAGUCACGAAAUUCGAAGAUUUAGCGACUCGAGGAUUUGUUCACAAAAAUAUCGUCAACACCCUAACGAAGGAUAUGGGGUUGCACACCAUGACAGAGGUGCAGACUCGCACUAUCAACGAAGCGUUGAAGGGUGCUGAUAUCAUUGCCCAAGCCAAGACUGGUACUGGAAAGACCCUUGGAUUCCUUCUCCCCGUUCUACAAAACAUCAUCUCAAAAGAUCCCGAGCUUGCAACACGCGGCGCUCGUCCCCCGCGGACGACGCCCGGUGACAUCAGGGCUAUAAUCAUAUCACCGACCAGAGAACUGGCGGAGCAAAUUGCUGUGGAAGCGCAAAAGCUCACGCGCAACACCGGUGUCGUCGUUCAGGUCGGCGUGGGUGGAACACAGAAGAGGAUGAUGUUGCAGCAAAUCAGGAGGGAGGGCUGCCAUAUCCUCAUUGGAACGCCUGGACGGCUCCACGAUCUGUUGGCGGAUGAGUACUCCGGAGUUGAAGCCCCGAAGCUCUCGGCCCUCGUCAUGGACGAAGCUGAUCGACUGUUGGACGAUGGGUUCACGCGGGAGAUUAACGAGAUCAGGAAGUACCUCCCAGAUCCCAAGAAGCAGGAUCGCCAAACCCUCAUGUUCUCCGCCACAGUCCCCAAGGAGGUUGUCGGGCUUGUGCGACAGACAUUGAAGCCUGGGUUCCAUUUUGUCAAGUGCGUGCGCGACGAUGAGGAGGCAACACACGAGAGGAUUCCCCAGAAGCUUGUUCACGCCAAAGGUCUCGAGAACAUGAUGCCCGCAUUGUUCGAACUGUGCCAAACGGGACUACAGAGCUCCCAGUCGGGAGAGACUCUGCCCUUCAAGGCCAUCGUUUACUUCAACUCCACUGCUGAAGCCUCGCUUGCUUCCAACGUCUUUAGGAAAGUGCGCGGGAGUGACCCGCGUCGCCAUGCUCUACACCCCGCUGGUGUAUUCGAGAUUCAUGGCAAACUGAACCAGGGUCAGCGAACAAGGGCUGCUGAUGACUUCCGCAAGUCGAAGUCAGGCAUCCUCCUUUCCUCCGACGUCACAGCGCGAGGAAUGGAUUUUCCUAACGUCACGCACGUUAUCCAAGUUGGUGUGCCCCGCGAACGCGAAACCUACAUCCAUCGUAUCGGCCGAACUGGCCGUGCCGGCAAAGAAGGCGAGGGCUGGAUCUUCGCUUCACCGCUCGACGCUCCCGAAGUACGCCGCCGUCUCCACAGCCUCCCGCUCAAGAACGACACAACGCUAGAAACCGCCUCGGUCGACAUGUCCCGCGAAGCGCAGCUGCCGGAGAACGUCGCCACCAUCCUCUCCAGCCUCGUCGACGCCCACCGCCAAGUGCACCGCGAGCACAAGACCAAAGCGUACAUGGCUUACCUCGGUGUCUUCCAGGGCAUGCGCGACAAGCAGGAGCUCGUCGACUCGCUCAGCGGCCUCACGAAGCACGGCUGGGGCAUGGACGAGGCUCCAAAGGUUGGGCCGAGCCUUGCGCGCAAGCUGGGCUUGAGCCGCGUUCGCGGCCUCAAUGUUGGCCAUGAGGAGGAGUAUGAGAGCUCAGCGUACGACGCGCAAUCGUCGUUCAGCAGGCGGGGCUCGGACUCUAGCUACUCGAGAGGCGGAGCAGGCGCGAGGGGCGGGUAUCAGGGUCGCUCCAGUGGCGGCGAGAGGGGAGGAUAUCAAGGUAGCUCGCGGGGAGGCGGCUACCAGGGCAACUCGAGGGGCAGCGAUAGGGGAGGCUACCAAGGCAGCUCGCGGGGCGGUGGCGGCUACCAGGGUAAUUCGCGAGGAGGCUUCCAGGACAAGUCGAGCCCGAGGCCGAGGGGGGGCGAGAGGGAGAGCAGGGGACGUAAUUAUGAUGCGGACUUCUAG